GCUGCUGUGCGCGCUCUCGUCACAGUGAGGAGCGGAGAUGAUGAACGGAGCGGGCUCGUUCGGCGCGGGCCGAGCCGGAGCCGCCUUCGACCCGAUCAGCUUCGCCAGGAGACCGCAGACCAUCCUCCGCGCGCUCGCCUGGAUAUUCUCUAUGGUGGUGUUUGGCUCUAUAAUAAAUGAGGGCUACGUGAAUAUGGGCAGUGAGCGGCUGCACUGCGUUUAUAAUAAAAACGCAGACGCCUGUAACUACGCCAUCACUAUAGGGGUGAUUGCGUUUCUAGCCUGCCUCUUCUUCAUGGCUCUGGACGUCUACUUCCCUCAGAUCAGCAGCGUGAAGGACCGAAAGAGGGCCGUGCUGUUGGAGAUGGGCUUUUCAGGGUUCUGGACGUUCCUCUGGUUUGUGGGAUUCUGCUUCCUGGCCAAUCAGUGGAGUCGCACCUCCCCCAAAGAGCUGCCCUUAGAGCAGGCCACAGAUGCAGCACGAGCGGCCAUCGCAUUCUCAUUCUUCUCCAUUCUUACCUGGGCGGCCCUGACGGCGUGCGCCGUGCAGAAGUUCCUGCUGGGAACCGACAUGACGCUCUUCAGCACCGAGCACGUGGCCAGCCAGGCCCCCAAACAGCCCUAUCCACCCAAUGACGUGACCGGCCAGACCACCAUCCCCGUCAACAAUGCCUACCAGAGCCCGCCGCUCAUUGAAACCGUGGAGACCCGCCCACCUGGGUACCAGAUCCCACCAGCUUUUUAAACUACAGCCAAUGAGGAGAAGGAAUGCAGAAGAGGGGUUUGGCUUCUUUAGUAAUUAUUGUAAUUAGGGGUGUAAAUCUUUAUGUAACAAACCAGUCAUGAAAAAAUCACAAAAUCAUUUUUUUUGAAAAACAGCCUGAAAAGACCCAGAAAAUAAGCGCAAAACUUCAUUGAGCAGUACUACAUACUAUUACAAUUUAUUCUAGCAUUCAAAAAAAUAAUCGGUGCAUUUUUACACCCCUAAUUACGAAGUUUCACGUUUUAGCAGGGGUG